AUCUACCCUUCUAAGUUUGGACUAGAAAGAAUGGCUGAGGAAAACGUCAAAGGUCCUUUGGAAUUCGUCAACCCCUCUUCAUCCUCAGAAUCUGAAAACAAUGAUGAGACCACGAAUCUUAUGGCUGAUGACGUAGAUGAACAGAAAACAGCUUGGCGUCGGGCCUCCGUAAAAGUGCGUCGCCGAGCUCGGCGAUAUCAAUUGGCCAGACUAAAGUAUUUUUAUGCCAUCGCUGAGUUUGAUAGCAAGGAAACAGCUAAUGCAGUGUUUGAGGCGUGUGAUGGCUUGGAAUAUGAGAAUUCUGGGAUCAAGCUUGAUCUCAGAUUUGUGGGUGAGGCUGAAACUUUUGAGGCAAGAAAUUUUUUAAGUUUAUAA